AUGAUAUUGUGGGUGCAACGUGAGUGCGGGAAGGAGAACAAAUUGUUGGUGCGGGUCGAAGAAGCACCGGCUGCUGAGAAAUGGCGAGAUGCAGAGAGAAUUGCACUUGUGUGGAACCAAAUAAGAGACCUUCCAGAAGCACCUCAAUGUCCUAACUUGGUUUUUCUGAAUCUUCACGUUAACAAAUUUCUCAGGAAGAUUCCAAAUGGGUUCUUCUUGCACAUGCCUCACCUCAAAAUCCUUGAUUUGCGAGAUACUUCUAUAAGGGAGCUCCCGGUAAGCAUUGGUAAUCUGGUGCAACUACACUUUCUCCAUCUAUCCAGAACUAGGAUUACUUCUUUACCUAAGGAGAUGGCCGCUCUUCGAGAAUUGCAAUGGCUUAACAUGGUGGACAGCUACAGUGGGUGGAAGGAAGGACACACUUUGGAAGAAGGUGUGACUUUUGAAGAGCUGGAAAGCUUGAAGAGAUUAAAAGUCAUUGGGAUCACAGUCAGCAAGCUUGCUGCUCUUCAAAACCUCUGCGACUCUCCAAGACUGCUUCACGCAAUGAGUGAGCUAGAAGAGUUGGUAAUUGGCAAUCAUCAGCCUAUUCUUCUACCUCUACUAGAGCUUCGACUUUCGAGUCUCCCAAAAGCAAAGCUCGUUUGGAGGCCUACGUUCCCUAAUACUCUUCUUGCACUAAAAAUUGAGGGUUGUGGGGCAAUAGAUAGAUUGAUCAAAUUGGAGGGAGAGGCAAAUGGUAGUGGGGAGACAGUUAUAACAAUCUUUCCUGAUCUCCACACAAUGGUGCUACGGCGGCUUCCAAAAUUGAAGAGUUUGAGUGAUGGGGAACGAAUAUUAAAUUUCCCAUCGUUGAAGACUAUCAAGGUGGAAGAUUGCCCCAAACUGACGAAGCUGAAGUUGGUUGCUGAUGGGCUGAAAGAGGUCGAGUGUGAGAGAUCAUGGUGGGAGCAGCUCAAUUGGGGCGACGAACGAACCAAGUCCUUCCAACACCUCUACAAACCCAUGUAUAUAGAUUGA